AAUAAUACCAAACCCUAAAAUCUUGCAGCCCCCAAAUUAGUUUUUGCCAAGUCUCUAUCCUCUUCUUCUCAAAGCACACAGUCUCUCUCGGCUCCAGCAUGAGAAGCUCGGCCAGCGGCGUCGCCGGCGAUCGCACCGGCACCAGUAAUGGAAGUAUUUCGGUCGACAAGGGCGUUGAUUUUGCAAAUUAUUUCUGCACAUACGCCUUGCUCUAUCACCAGAAAGAGAUGCUCUGUGAUAGAGUUCGCAUGGAAGCUUAUUACAAUGCUGUUUUUGAGAACAAACAUCACUUCCAUGGAAAGGAAGUUGUGUUUGAACUGUUUGGGACUAAAUUGGUGAAUCGGUGGAGAAAGACUGUGUUAGAUGUAGGAACUGGGAGUGGAAUUCUUGCAAUCUGGGCAGGGCAAGCUGGUGCUAGAAAAGUCUAUGCAGUGGAAGCAACAAAGAUGUCGGAACAUGCACGUGAGCUUGUGAAAGCGAAUAACCUUCAAGAUGUGGUUGAAGUGAUUGAGGGUUCAAUGGAAGAUGUUACCCUGCCAGAGAAAGUUGAUGUAAUUAUCUCUGAGUGGAUGGGAUAUUUUCUUCUUCGUGAAUCUAUGUUUGAUUCUGUGAUUUGUGCACGUGACCGCUGGUUGAAGCCAACUGGGGUUAUGUACCCCAGCAAUGCUCGUAUGUGGUUGGCACCCAUCAGGUCUGGAUUGGCGAAUCAAAAAAUGAGUGACUAUGAAGGAUCCAUGGAUGAUUGGUUUUAUUUUUUGGACCAGACUAAAACUUAUUAUGGUGUUGAUAUGAGUGUUCUAACGAAGCCUUUUGCUGAAGAGCAGAAAAAAUACUAUUUACAGACAUCACUGUGGAACAACCUUCAUCCUAAUCAAGUUAUAGGAACAGCUGCCAUUAUAAAGGAUAUCGAUUGUUUAACGGCAACAGUAAACGACAUCCUGAAUCUAAGAGCAAGCAUUUUAUCAUCAAUAUCUUCAGAGGAAACGAGGCUUUGUGGGUUUGCUGGGUGGUUUGAUGUCCAUUUCCGAGGAAGUAAAGAGAAUCCAGCUCAACAGGAAAUUGAGCUGACGACUGCUCCUAGUGAAGAUUACAGCACACAUUGGGGCCAGCAGGUGUUUCUCUUGCAUCCUCCUAUAUCUGUUAGUGAAGGUGACGAUUUGAACAUUAAUUUCUCAAUGGAUCGAUCCAAAGAAAACCAUCGGUUGAUGGAGGUUGAGCUCAGUUAUGAGAUAAAAAAGUCUGCUGGCACGCUGCUUCCACCAUUCAGAAAUAAAUUCUACAUAGAGUGAGGAAGAAAUUAUAUAUCGUUAGCAAGUAUACUGUGCCUGAAUGUGAGGGACAUAUACCCAGUAAGUUAUUGUGCUGACUGCAUUCUCGGAUUAAUUAUUUCUGGGAGUAUCUGCAUCAAUUUUUGAGCUGUUUUGUUCUACUCUGCUUUUUAUUUUUCCCUUUCCCCUUUCUCUGUCUUUUUGUAAUGUGCUAAAACAAGAAACUAUCUUGUUAAUUUAUUGAGAAUUUUGAUUUCAGUGUGCUUAUAGGGAUUUCUUUUUUCAAAAGGAAUGGCAAAGGGUGUGACAAAUUUUAUGUAUAA